AUGGAACAACAGAGACAGGCGUACAAGAUACAGGGGGUCGAUGAGGAGGAACCUGCAAAUCUCAAGACCCUCCAGGAGAAAAAGAAGAAGCGGAAACAUAAUGAUGAAUCAACUACCGCCCAGAAACCCAAGAAACCGCGUGUUAAUACCGCCGUAUACGUCACUGCCAUACCUCUCGAUGCCACUGUAUCCGAAAUCAGCUCUCUCUUCAGCAAAUGCGGCGUUAUCGCAGAGGAAAUUGACAGUGGAAAGCCACGCAUAAAGAUGUAUACAGACGAACAGGGCGCGUUUAAAGGAGAUGCACUCGUCGUAUAUUUUCGUCCUGAAUCCGUCAACCUCGCUAUUCAGAUGCUGGACGAUACCGAUUUUCGGUUUGGUGAGAAGGGUGCGGAGGGUAACAUGAGGGUGCAGCCGGCAGACUUCUCCUUUAAGGCUGUGCAGGAAACCCCAGCAAAGGCGAACCUGAGGGAUAAGAUGAAAAUCAUACGCAAGACCCAAAAACUAAAUAAUAAACUCACCGAUUGGGAUGAUGAUGAUGUUGGGCCUAGACAUUCAGGAAAGGCAGGGAAGGUUGUGGUGUUGAAACAUAUGUUUACACUGCAAGAGCUGGAGGAGGAUCCAGCCGCCAUUCUCGACAUCAAAGAAGACAUCCGCGAGGAAUGCUCAAAGCUGGGUGAGGUGACCAACGUGGUGCUCUACGACAAGGAAGAAUCAGGAAUCGCCACAGUCCGCUUCUCCGACCCCGAGUGUGCCCAGGCUUGUGUGCAGAUGAUGAACGGCCGCUUCUUCGGCGGCACCCAGGUCGAAGCAUACGUAGUUGACGGUAAAGUCCGGUUUAAGAAGUCAGGCGCUAGUGCAGCUGCUGCCCUACAGGAUGACGGGGCCGGUUGGGAGGCGGAGGCCAGCAAAGACGACGAAGCUCAGCGCCUGGAUAAAUUUGGUGCCUGGCUCGAGCGGGAGGAGGCCACUAAGAAGACAGCCGACAGCUAA